AUGGAAGUGGCGGGUCAAUGGCGCCGGGAAUGGGCCGGGACUGCUGAAUACGGAAAGGUCACUGAAGGUGGUGUGACGAGACGUGUAGCUCGUGCUAUGGAAGUAUUGCAUGCAAGUGCCCCAGGAGCACGGGUUCGCGUCAUGAGGGCCGCCUAUCAUUCGUCCGCUGGUCCAGGAUCAUCGUCCUACUUAAUGCAUUCUUCCCGAAAAGUGCUGUCGUCCGGUUAUAACUUCUUAGAGCCAUCGUCAUUGCCAUCUAAACCGCUAGAAAUAUCUUCCACUCCAUUGGGAACGUCACCUGACAGUGAAAUUGAGAGAGAAGAUUAUAAAGUGACUGAACCAGAUGAUUAUGAAAUUUCUGAACCAUCUAAAUGGCGAGGUUCUACAAGGAACAAUUCAAUUCGAAUGCCCAGCGAAGAGUCCUCCUCCGCAGAUAAUGCAAGUAUAAUUGAUCUCGAUUCAAGAGCAAGUAGUAGAAGUACUUUACGAAGAAGAAGUAAUGAAAAAGAAGAUUUACAUAGAAUCCAUACUAUUAAUACUAGAGUCUCCCCGUUAUUAGAUGCACCUGUAGCAUUAAGCACUUUGAAAUAUACAUCAAUAUUAAAUGGAAGUGAUGAUUGGAACAGUAGAAGAAAAAGUUAUAGCUUUGAAGACACAUCGCCUGUGGAUAAUAUAUCUCCUGGUAACAAUUUGUUUACCAAGGAUUCAUCAACAGACAGCGGAAUUUGUAAAUCAUCUGAAAUAGUUAAUGACUACUCCAGCAAUAUAACAAACUCACGGUAUGCAAACAAUGGUGUGAGAAUGGACCAUAUUCAAGAGGAGAGUUUUAAAGACUGGCUAUCUAAGAACAGAUCAAAUUCUUAUAAGAAGUCGAUAUCACCGAAACCCAGAGAAGUACUAACGGCAGAAUCCAAAUUGAGUGAGGGUAAAAUUACGCUGCAAUCUACUGGGAAAGUAACAAUUACUUUACCAAUAGAAACUUGUACAGACAAAGAGACUGACAUUUCAAGAUCUUCAGAGGAGAGUGACAGAAAAACCAAAAAAGUAGAAUUCUGUAAGACAGAACUUCAUUUUGCCGUAGAUACUGGAACUGUAAAUAUUAUAGCAACCGAUGAGAAGCCUCCACCGUCUACAGAUUUUAGAAAGAGAAGAAGUGUUUUCGUACCUUUAAAUGAGAAAAUCGAGAGAUCAAUUACACUUUUUGGGGAAAAGAGUGAUCCAUUGGAAAUCAGUAAUAUACAUGGCAUUUCUAACAGUGACUUUGGUGAAUCCGAUGAGAAUACAGCAGCUACUAAAAGUAUUCUCAAAAAUAAAAUUCCGAAACCCAAGCCAUAUCUUCUAGGAGAGAACAUGGUGUUUGGGGAUUCUCAUGACAGCAAGAAUAAUUCAGAAAUUGCAUCUAGUACUAAAAGUACAUCUGUCAUAAGUGCUGUUUCGUUGAUUAAUAAACAACUUCAACCUGAAAAUGAGCCUAGACAUAAAAUAGACUCUAGUUAUGAAAGUGAUUUAAACUCCAUUGUUUCCAAAUCUUUCAGGACAGGAAAUAGAGGUCCGCAACUACAUAAUGAGUUUAAUCAUAAGCAAUCGACUAGUGAUGACACAUAUGAAACAUUUAAUAAAACUUCACAUGACUUAAAAACCCGUUCAACAACUUCAACGGAGAGUAAAACGAAGAUAAGAGAACUUCGUGGAUCUGAUCUAGCAUAUUUUGGAAUCGAAGAUAAUAUUAGAUCUAAAAAGAUUCAUAGUCAAGACAAUUUACAAGAAGAAAUAUUACAUUCCGUUAAAUUAGUACAACAAAUAUCUAAUAGCGUGUGUAAUAGUGAAGCGGAGUCAGACGACACACCCGAGUAUCAAAAUUUAUCUAAAUAUAAUUUACCAAUAACACCGACCCCUAAACCACGGUCAAAAUAUAUUGAUAAAGUUGAAAUAAUCAAUGAACCUAGAAUAUUAAAACCAAUUAUAGAACAAGACACUGAAAAAGUAGCUCAAACAAAUCGAAUAAGAGUUACUUCAAAAAGUGAGGCACCUUUAAGACAAACAACACGUAAGAUAUCUGAAACACCUCGAAAUUUGUGUACAAAAUCUAUUACGACAAACAUAAAAAUCAAAAAUACAGUCGAUAUUCCUUUUACUGGAAUAAAUCGAAACACUUCAAUGAAAAAGUUGAAGAACAAUAAGGAAAAUGAAACAACGAGAUCAACCCACGUAGCAGAACUAGAUAGGAAGAAAUCGGAAUCUCCUUUAUACGUCAACUUAAAAGUGAAGGCAGACAAAAAUGCGCCUAUGUUAGAUAGUUCUCGUCACAAAAACAAGGAACAUAAACAUUCACUGAAGCCCGAAUUUAAACCAAAUGCAAUUAAAAGUGUUACUUCAAGUCAUAAGCAAAUAGAUUCUGUGAAUGAGAAAGGUAAAAUCAGCACAAGAGAUACAAAAUAUGAAAUAAGGCCCGAAAGUGAGCAAAAUCUAAAAAAACGUAUUCCGCGUAGGACUGAAAAAUUAACUACUCCUGAUCACAUCACUGAAUAUAACGUAAAACAACGUUUGUAUAACAAUACACCCCCUACCAAUAAAAACAAUAACAUGGAUAAAAGUGAUGUUUCACGAAAUUCAUUGAAAAAAUAUAAAAAUAAAAAUUCUGAUACAGUAACAGAAGUCACCAAACAAAGAAAAGACGAAAAAAAAUACGACAAUUUCAAAAAUCCACAAAUGAUGACGAAAACAAAUACUAACAAAAAAGAACAUGUUACAGUGAAUCAAAACUCUUUAAGAGGUAAUAAGGAGCUUCACUCACAAAAUUCUUUUAAAACUAAUCAAAAUAAUACAGAAAAAAUGCUUAUCACUAAAUCUGAAAAACCCAAGUCAAAACGUAGCAAGUAUGUAAUAAAUUAUGACGAUAAAAACGGAACAGUAUCUUCUAUUUGCAAAAUUAAAUCAGGGCCCGUCCAGCUCGCCAAGAAUCACAUUUCAAGCUAUCAGAAAUACGGGGAGACGUUAACAAAGCAGAGAUCACAUGUACAAAGAUCUUGCCAACUCCUA